UGCCGUACAGGUGGGGAAAAGUGAUGUCGGGGUUGAUUCCACGUUCCCAGGGCCUGGUUUCGAAUACGGGGUCAUCAUGAUCAAGCUGCUGAUCAUAGAGAUUGUGCUCCUCGUCCUCAUCCUAGCUUUCCGCAGUGAGAUCGACAGCCGGGUGAAAGGAGCUCUCCAACCAACACUGGACACCUACAAAGGUUACAACAGUACAGAGCCAGUCACUGUGGGAUGGAACUUCGUUUUCUCAAAGUUUGAAUGCUGCGGAAUAGACAGCUACAGCGACCUCGACACAGCCUCCAGCUGGCCCACAUCUAUCACUUACGCUGGCAGUGCCGCCACUUUGACCGCGCCCAUCUUCUGCUGCAAGCUGAACGGCACCUACCCGAGCAUGACCCUUCCUGCCAGCGCCACCUGUGCUGAGUCACCGACUUCGUCAAUCUCCAACUACGAGAGCGGUUGCUACAAGGCUGUGGAGGAGUACAUCCUGGCGUACCGUAUUACCAUGCUGGUUGUUGUCUCGCUCAUCGUGGUCUGUGAG